AUGAAUAAACGUAUAUUUACUUUAAGAGAUGAUACAAGAUCAAAAGAAGCUCAUGAAUUUGUUCGUAAAAAUGGGUUUACACUACCACUACAAAUUUUUCAAUUGAUGUCUUUUUUAAUUUAUGUAAUAAUAAUUGCAUUAAUUAUUUUAAUUACAGCAUUUAAUACAGAUACCAUUUAUAUAUUUUUUUAUAUAUUUUUUGGUGUUCUAAUAAUUACAAUUUUUGUAUUAUCUUACGUUGUAACAAAAAUAAAUCCAAUUGAUCCCUUGUCAUUUAAAUAUAUAAAUAAUAAAAUAAAUGACGAAGAGGUUAAGAAUUUAUAUCAUUGUGAUAUAUGUGGAUUUGUAGAAGCCAAAAGUAAGCAUUGUAAAGUAUGCAACAAAUGUGUUUCCGUUUUUGAUCAUCAUUGUAUGUGGGUUAAUAAUUGUAUAGGAAAAAAAAAUUAUAAAUAUUUCGUAGGACUAUUAACAGUUUUAACAAUUUUUAAUUGUUUCGUUUUUGUGUUUUGUAUAAUUUAUUUUAUUAAUUCUCUAAAAUAUGAUUUUAUAAAAGACAGAUGGAAAAAUUCUUAUGGAUCCUAUAAUGAUAUAUUAUUUUAUAUUUUAUUAUGCUCACUUUUUAUAUUAAAUGGAACAGUUUUUAUUUUAGUGAUACAACUUUUUGGAUUACAUAUUUUUUUAAUUUCAAAAAAGAUGACAACCUAUGAAUAUAUCCUUAAUAGAGCUCAUCAAUCUGAAAGAAAAGAAAAGAAGACAGUUAAAACAUUUUUUGAAUGGAUAAUUAUAGAUAAAAAGCGCUUGAAAAGAUCAAAAAAUAAAAAUCAAGAUAUAGAAAAUCAAGAAAUUGAAAGAGAUAUGACUAUAAAAAAUUAA